GAGGUGUUGUCCUAACGCCUAAAUAUCUUUAAAGUUACUCUUUCUCUUUUUUGUGUUUGAUUUCAUAUCUUCUUUCUCUCUCUUCACAUCUCCGCCAAACUCACAGCAACGUUCACCUCUCUCGAUCCGUAUCCGCCUUGUUUAUGAGCUCGAAGGAGAGACCCACUCUUGGUGGUACGCGGAUCAAGACCCGCAAACGGAAUAUCGCAGCUCCUCUGGACCCUGCAGCAUUUGCAGAUGCAGUGGUCCAGAUUUAUUUGGAUAAUGCUGGUGAUUUGGAACUUAUCGCAAAGAGCAUUGAAUCUUCAGAACUCGACUUUUCAAGAUACGGUGAAACUUUCUUUGAGGUCGUCUUCACUGGGGGCCGUACCCAACCUGGAACAACUAAACCUGAUGAGGGGGAGCGCCACACUUACUCUGUAAUAGAUUGUGAACCUAAACGUGAAGAAAUUUUGGUAUCUGUAGUUUAUAUACAGAAAAUUCUACGCCGGAGGCCUUUUCUUAUAAAAUAUCUUGAAAAUGUUAUGCGAAGAUUCUUACAGUCUUUGGAGCUAUUUGAAGACAAUGAAAGGAAAAAGUUGGCAAUUUUCACAGCUCUUGCCUUCUCCCAGAAGCUGUCAGGUCUUCCACCAGAGACAGUGUUCCAGCCUCUGCUCAAGGACAAUCUUGUGGCCAAAGGGCUAGUUCUUACAUUCAUAACAGAUUUCUUUAAGGAGUAUCUAGUCGAGAACAGCCUGGAUGAUUUGAUUUCACUCCUGAAACGCGCUAAAGUUGAGGAAAAACUUCUUGACUUUUUCCCAUCUUCUAAAAGAUCUGCUGAAGCAUUUGCUGAACAUUUUACCAAGGAAGGUCUUGUACAAUUGGUCCAGUUCAACGAGAAAAAGAUAUUUGAGGUUAAAUUGGCAGAAAUGAAGUCUGCGUUAACGACUCAGAUAGCUGAAGAAGCUGAUGUCGAGGAAGUGAUUGAAACUGUGAAGCAUCAUGUGAAAGAAGCUAAGCUCCCUGACAUUGAGGUUGUGCGUCUUCUAUGGGAUGUUAUCAUGGAUGCUGUUCAGUGGUCCGGGAAAAACCAGCAGCAGAAUGCUAAUUCAGCAUUGCGUCAGGUAAAAACCUGGGCAAAGCUUUUAAAUACCUACUGUACUAGUGGAAAACUUGAACUGGAACUCAUUUACAAAGUCCAGAUCCAAUGCUAUGAGGAUGCCAAAUUGAUGAAAUUGUUCCCAGAAAUAGUAAGGUCCCUUUAUGACCUAGAUGUGCUUGCUGAAGACACAAUCCUCCAUUGGUUCCGCAAGGGAACAAAUCCCAAGGGCAGGCAAACUUUUGUGAAGUCGCUUGAGCCCUUUGUGAAAUGGUUGGAAGAGGCGGAGGAAGAAGAUUGAACUUGGUCGUUGUUACUGCAGGGGGUUCUUCAUUAUGCCUUUCAAGUAGACCUGUCAAAUCGGUUGGUCGAUUCGGGUUUUCGAGUCGGGUCAAAAUUUGAUGUCUACUUACAAGUUAUCCCCUGUCUUUAAAUUUGAGAGCUUGUGAAAAAACUCGAUAAUAUAUGUUGUGUUGUUUCUUUCCUGGUAGGUUUUUUUUUUAUGGUGACAUGGGUUUCAAAUUAUUGAUUCGAAUCUAAAGCUUUGUAAUUUUGUACUUGGAUCUUUUGAUGUUGCAGGUUCUUUUUACUUCGUUUGUUUUUACAAAUUUUCUUUUUGGUUGGUA